GGCGUCCCGUCAAGUCAAGUCCGCUCUCGUCUUUGGAUGAUUAUUUUGCCUCUCUUCAUCAUUGAAAUUAUAUUUUAAAACGAGUGAUUUUGUUUUACAUGUUCUUUUAUUGUUUAACGCUAUAGUUAGUAGUUGAACCGGUACGAAUCCUAUCUCACGAUGUUGCUACUGAAGAGGGUGGUGGCCUAGGUCACGUGGUGUUUAUCCUAGCAACCGAGUGAAGCUCGGCCCAGCCAGGCUAAAAUCAAGGAAUAUAGAAGAAGUAGCUGAUUAUAUACAGAUACAACCAUUCAAAAUGAGCCAACUUUAUAAAACAAUUGAGCCCAGUGUAAUUGAUGAUGAAAUGCUUGAAGAGGCAGUGAAGAAACAGGGGCCAUCAGGAAAGGCUGGGCAAAUAGCCCAGUUAGAAGGAAUUGAAUUCAAAGAUGUAAAAAAUCUUCAACUGGAUUACCGAAAUAUACUGAAGAUUGAUAAUCUGUGGCAGUUCAAAACACUGACCAAGCUCCAGUUAGACAAUAAUGUCAUUGAAAAAAUUGAGGGACUGAACGCUCUGAUCAACCUGGUGUGGCUGGAUUUGUCCUUUAAUAACAUUGAGAUAAUUGAGGGCUUGGAUGAACUGGUUAAGCUGGAAGACCUCAGUCUGUACAGUAACAGAAUUGCCAAUAUUGAAAAUAUGGACUCAUUAGUAAACCUGCAAAUCUUCUCUAUCGGAAAAAAUCACAUCAAUAAACUGGAAAAUAUUAUCUAUCUAAGAAGAUUUAAGAGGCUGCGCACACUGAACCUUGCUGGCAAUCCUAUGUGUGAAGAUGAGAGGUAUAGCAUGUACAUUCCUGCCUACCUGCCUACACUGAUGUAUCUGGAUUUCAGAUUAAUAGAUAAGACCACAAAAGAAAUUGCUUUAGAAAAACAUCACAGUGCUGUUGCAAAUUUGAUGUAUCAUGAAGAUGUAGCAUUUAAAAAGCUUGAGAAAAUAAGGUUACAAGAAGAGGAACUGGCUCUACAUAAGGCCGCCUAUGUAGAAUAUCUGAAUGGACCCGGCCUGUUUAACACAAUGUUCUCGGAAGAUCCUGAAGCACCAAAGCUUUUAAUGUUACCUGGAGCGACAGAACUUGUGGACAUAUUCAAGGCUGAGUUCACCAGCAUUUGCCAGAAGCUCUUUACCCAUGGGCUCAAAGGGCAUGAAAAACGUCAGAAUGAACUGGAACAUUUUAUGGAAUGCGUCCGUGAAGCGAUUGAAGAAAAUCAGCAAAAAGGAGUAAAAGUUAUCAAAGAAUUUGAAGAGAAGAAUAAAGAGCAAUUAAGUGAAAUACAACAUAUGAAUGAUUCUCAACUUCUAGAGAUAAGGAUCAGAGAAUUCAGAGUAGAGGUCGAUCAGCUGUGGAGCAAACUGAUGAACCUAGAAAUGCAACUGGUUGACCAACUGGAGGAAACGAUGAGCAAUUUUGAACGAAAUAUUUCCGAAAUUGUAACAAGUUAUGUUGAAAAUGUACAAGCUCUAAUAGCUCAGUGCCGAGACCUAGAGAAUCGUCACAAUGAGAAUAUUUUGGAAAUUGCCAUGAGUAGUUAUGACAAAAUGGGAAAAAAUGAAGGGGAAGAGGAAAUGCCAGAAGAGCUGCGAGCACUGUUUGUAGAUAAAGAUACAGUAAUCAAUACAGUUAAUGCAUCACAUGACAUGCAUCUGCUUAAGAUUGAUAACCAAGAAGACAAGAUGGUGACAAGGGCAAAUGGCUGGGCUGCAGACACAAUUGAAACGCUGCAUACAGAUGAAAUAAAUCGCAACCGUAAACGAGUUUUAGAAAUUAACAUCUACGUCAGUCACUGGCGGGAUGAGCUGGAUUUCCUGGAGCUCCAGGACACCAACUAAUCCUUACAUAUAACAUUAAAAGGGAGGAGUUGUACAAUAUGGUGUCCCGAUCCUUGUGUUCCUGUCCUAUCUAGGUUCUAACAUAACCAGAUUUAAAUGGGGUUAAAGUUUGUUAAAUUGUUCACCCUGCCCCAACUACAGCCCAUCUACUCUCAUCACUUCUCCAUUCUUAGUAGGUAUUGGAACCCUUAUGAGACAAUUUAUUUAUAUAGCACCUUUUAAUGUAAUGGAGAAUUAAUAGUUCUCUAUUAAUGUCUCCACUGCACCUGAUAGGGUAAACUAGCCUCAUCUCAUCAAAAAUUUGAUUAUCUAGAGCUGUUCUUUUUCUGGAAACCCCUCAUUUCUUGGAGUUGACCUUUAAAACUGUAAUUUUUUUCAGCAAAUUAACAUUUGUUAUUCUGCUACAAACAUUCACUACCUCACAUGUACAGCAUCUCCUCUAACUCAUUCUUUCCCAGUACUCCUCACUCUUCCCUUCUACAACUUAAAAGCUUUUCAAAUGCAAAAUUCAUACGUUAUGAUUUUAACCCUUUUUUUCCCCUCUACUCCUUACAGCAUUGUUGGAUCCCCAAAUUGUAAGCCAUUUUCUUUGGCAAGAGUGUGCAUGUUUUGAAAUGUGACAUUGAUGUAUGAAGAAAAGUCCAGAAAGA